CUUCUCCUCUACGUUUCUCCAGCCAGCUUGCAUCAUGUCCAAUACAAUGCGUUGCAUUCUGAUUGUCUGCGUGGCACUUGCACUGAUCGCCGCCAGCUGCAAUGUGGAGGCAUCCAACUCGAGGCCACCACGCAAGAAUGACGUCAACACCAUGGCGGAUGCGUACAAGUUUCUGCAAGAUCUGGACACAUACUAUGGGGACAGGGCACGCGUCAGGUUCGGCAAGCGGGGCGGUCCACUGAUGGAAAUGCUCCGCAAUCGGGAGCUGGAAAACAAUAUGGUCAAAAAUAUCAACAGCGGCGGGGAGUUGGUAAGCAAAAUCCGUGCCCUGGAUGAGGAGGAGGUGUUCUAAGCCCCGAAUUCCGUGGACCGUGACGACCAUUAAAACUCAUUUAUUUGUUGUUAAUCAGUUGGUUAUUUUUUUGUCGGGGCAAUAGUUUAACGUGUUGAGAAAUAAGAUGUAGUUGCAGCUGCACACUAAAUACUUACGGAUAGAUAUAUCUUCCAUCAAUUCUGGAUGUUAGUUCAAUAAAUGACACAUGUGAAAUAAUCGUAAUAUUCGCCUAAUUGAUCGGAAACAAUCGAAAUAUAAACUACAACGAUUAA